AUGACCGGGGUGGAAAAGAGAAAAGAUUUAUUGAAAGAUAACGAAGGAAUCGGUCUUGGUGAAAUACCACUGUUGUCUUUGGCAAAUCUCGACCUAAAGCUCCAGGUACCGCCCAUGCCACGGUUGUUGGGCAUUGUGGAGAACAUUGCUCCUAUUCCGGUAACGAACCGUGUGGCGCGGGUGGAGCUUGUAUCGUCGUCGAUCACUAACCUUACAGUCACGCGGGAGCUGAUUGUGGGAGUGCUGCGCGAUCUAGUUGUGCCAUACAUGGAUUACCAGGAGGAUGAAGCUUUCUACAUGGACAAUUACGACCAAGUGGAUAGCAACAAGUUGUUGUCAGCUCAGGAUAAAAAGGAUCGCAAUGACAAGCUACGCGAACUUGAAGCAGUCAUGUCGCUGGACAAAAUUCUCAACCUGCGUAGUCGAUCCACUGGAUUGGCCAAGUACUACCGUCGUGAUCAAGAGGAGCUCUCUCUUUCCGAGUACAUUGCAAUCGUGAAGGAGAAUGCUGCCAAGACAAGCAACAACAUGUUUAAAGCAAUGCAGAUUACAUUACGCUGGGAUAACAUGAGUGUUGCGUUCGUUGAACGAGGCCGUCAAGUUUCUGAGAUGGUCGUGAUCGGCUUUGGCGUCAAUAUGCGCUCGUUCACCAUUGCAGAAGGCGAUGAGAAGCAGAAGCUAGACGUAGAGGUUGCAUUGGGCCAAGCAACAUUCGUCGUUAACGUCGAGUUUUCGGCUUCAAAUUCUGUUUCUCCAACGGCAAAGCUAAUGUUUGCGGACCUCAGCAAGGUAGCUGCAGAGUCUGGCGCAAUGUCGCCGCCACAGAUGCUUACGGCCCAUGUGAGUCAGCUUGAAAGUGGUAAGCAGAAUGUGUGUGGUACAGUGAACAAGAUGAAGUUGGUACUCUCAGUCGGUGCGCUGGAGCGUUUCCUGCUGUUUGUUGAUCGGCUGAGCACAAAGACAACUCAAGUACUGUCGACAGCGCGGCCGCCUUUCGUACCAGUUUCUCACUCUGAGUUAUCGCCUGCCGCAGUCCAGGUUGCUAAAAGCGAGGUAGACAUGGUGAGAAAAGAGAUAACAAUGUCUCCGUUUAGCUUGCUUGGCGGCAUGCUGUUGAGCCUGGAUGUCAACUUGAAGGACUGUCACAUCGUUCUGCUACCCACUCAGUCGUACUCAAAAUCACUUUUUAUGGAUAUUAACGCGGAGACAUGGCAAAGCGAUUACGUGGUAGAUUGCUGCGUGGAUAUGCCUGCCUCAUUGAGCAUGCAUCUCGAAAGCUCAAAAGUGAAGGAAUUGCUGGAGCUUAACGUUCACAGCUUCAAUAUCGGCGCCCAGUACGUCAAUGAUGCUAAGGAAGCGGAAACCAUUUUAGCUCCAACAAAUGCCUUGGUUGCUGGGUCAGACCUCAGUUUGUCGUUAUUGGCGUCCUGUGGAGAGGCCCUCAGUAACGUGCAGGCAACAACGGCCAAGCAAGCCCAGCUUCGGCUCAAAAGUCGUGUAAAGCAGGAAGAAAUUCGACGCCAGGCGGAAGUCGACACAGUCCUUGAUCGCUUGCACCGGCUUUUUGACGAAAUUGAUGAAAACGGGAACGGCUGUAUUGAGCUGGCAGAGCUUCUUCUCUUACUGCGCCGGGUCAAGGUUGGCGACACAUUGCUGAAAAGUAAAUUGGAGUACUUUGUUCGCGAGUUCUUUAAGGAAAUUGACCAGGAUGGUAAUGGCUAUCUUGAAUUUCAAGAGCUCCGCGCAUUUUUGCGCGAUGAUCUUUUGUCAGAUAAAGCUGCUGAAGCUUCUGGUUCGAGGCCAGGAAACGGCAGCAAAGCUCUCAGCGGCUUCCUUAAUCUGCGCGGAAAUGAAUACCAUUCGUUUGAAGUCAUUAACGAGCUAUGCGAGACGAAGAUAACAUUUUCUGAACAACUCGCAGAGCGGAUUAAGCGCCCUGCGUUCGAGGGACGCUUUUGGGAACUUUUUGAGAGUGAAGCUCACAUUAAGAAUCGUUCAAUCAUCAAUCAAAAUCCGCUGGAUUUACAAAAAAAGCUGGUUCGGCUGCUCAAGAACUAUGACGCCGCGAACCUUAUCUGGGAUGCGUUGGUAUUGCCUGCGAUGGAAGACAAUUGCUCGGACCGUUCUAUAUAUGAGUGGCUACUGCAGCCGUCCACGCGCUGUGGAGGUAUCAGCGAGUACCAGAGCGCAGCGAAAGUUAUUGCAAAGAAAAAACGUGGCGGUAUUUUUAGUGCAGCCAUCGAGGAAACAGAGAAUUUGGUAAGCAAGCUUACACAAAAUAUGAACUUGGUGAAGAAAGAGCUGCACUUCACGACAGACGUAAAAAUGGGAAACGUGCGACUAGUUCUUAUGGAUGCUGAACUGUCUGCUCGCUUUUGCCGUGGUAAUUUUGUCAUCAAAAAUGUAAAAAUAUCGAUGAGGUUCAGUGGCAAAAAUAUUGACGAAAUUGGUCCCAUAGAUUGGGUCGAUCUGGCCAUGUCUGGGAACACCGACUGGACGCGGUUGUUCGGCUUCAAGAUGUCGUCGUCCUGUUAUAGUGAAAUUGCCAACGACAUGGAAAACAUCAUCGAGCCAUGGGAACUGGUUGCCGGCGUGUCUUCGAGUGCAGGCGAGAAUGGAUUUGCUGUUCUGUUGGAGGCUGCGAAGCGAUUUCAGAUUAAUGUGACUCCAAGCGUCCUCAAGACCUACCGUGCGCUGAUGGACGCCCUUGAUGGAGAGGCUCAGCAGAAUGGGCUGCAAAAGCAUCAAGACAGCUUCCAACUUUCAACUGCUGCAAAGAAGCAAAAAGAAACAGAUUGUCUUGUGCAGAACUUUACGGGAUGCAAGAUUUCCUUGAAACUAAACGGCAGUGAUGAGGUAAUCACAAUUGACGCGCAUAAUCGCGCUCACAUUGAAAAUGGAGCUUUGAAGGAUGGCGAGGCUGUAGUAGACUUACUUGAAAUUGAUCAGUGGGGUACAAGUAAAAAUUCGGUGAAGUUGUCUUCCUUUGGUAAUGUCAGCGUUGGUGUGAGUACAGCAGAAGCUUCACCAUCAUCUCUAUUUGUCACAGUGUUUUCGCGAUUGGAAAACCCGCGACAACAGCUUAUUGUCCUAAGAUCAAAUACGUACUUCUGCAACCACAGCUCGGAGUGUUACGAGAUGAAGUACCUGAGCUUAGGAAAGGAGGAUCGAAAGGCGGUGGAAUCUCCCGUCAUUAAAUUGCGACCUAAUGAGCGAAUUUCAUUGCCGCUCUCACUAUUGAUGGGCAUAACGGAGUUUUACGCGCAUCUUGGAAGUCAUGAACACUGGAUUGUAAAGACUUCUUUGAACAAUGACGUGCUAACAUCUACUACGGCAACCCAAGAGCUCAAUGAGCACGAAGCUGAACGGGAAGCGAGAACGAAGCAGCGCCGAGGGGGUGGAACUAUUGUGUAUGGCCAAACCGAGGAAACUUGCACAAAGGCCGUCAGUUGA